UAAUUAGUAAAAAACAUAUAAAAACCUAGCUUUCCCUCUUCAUUUGUGAUGCUAGGGUUUGUGUGCUUGGAAUAAGCCGUGUUCAGCGACUCAGAGCAGCAGCGACACAGUCCCUUCCGCCGCCGUCGACAUGGGUCGCAUGCACAGUCGAGGUAAGGGUAUAUCAGCUUCAGCUCUUCCAUACAAGAGGACCCCACCCAGUUGGCUGAAGAUCUCUUCUCAGGAUGUUGAGGAGAACAUAUGCAAGUUUGCUAAGAAAGGCAUGACCCCUUCUCAAAUUGGUGUCAUUCUUCGUGAUUCUCAUGGCAUCGCCCAGGUGAAGAGUGUUACAGGCAGCAAGAUUUUGCGUAUUCUCAAGGCCCAUGGGCUUGCUCCUGAAAUACCUGAGGACCUAUACCAUCUCAUUAAGAAAGCUGUUGCCAUCCGGAAGCAUCUGGAGAGGAACAGGAAGGAUAAGGAUUCCAAAUUUAGGUUGAUCCUGGUAGAGAGCAGGAUUCACAGACUUGCUCGCUAUUACAAGAAGACCAAGAAGCUUCCCCCUGUCUGGAAAUACGAAUCUACCACUGCCAGCACUCUUGUCGCUUAGGUAAGUGUAUGUGGUAAUUGGUGGCGAGCUUUUUACUGCACUUUCUCUUGGAUUGAGCAAACCAGUUUUUGAGUAUUUAGAUGUAUUCUCCUUGACAAGUACGAUGUUCUCAUGAGAACCUGGGUUUUUUUUUUUAUUGGAGGACAACAGAAUAUAUUUGAUGCUGUGGAUUAAUUCAUUUUUGUUGGCUAUUCA